AUUUAGUCUCUCUCUCUCUUUCUCUCUCCCCCAGUGACAGACUCAGCAGCUCCUAAAACCCUAACCAGUCAUCUGAAGCUCCACACCUCACUCGGAUCCUCUAUCCGGAGCUACCCGUUUCCCAAUGGCAGCGAAUUCUUUGGAUUCUCUCAUUUCCAUUGGCGGGUCGGUCUCCUCCCCGUCCACCAAGACCCGGGUCCGGAUCUUCCGCGAUGAAAUCCCGGCGAUUCUGGACAAUUCAGAGAUGUGUACUGAGCUUGCAACACUUCUGGUAGACAUAAUAUUUAGAACAUUGUUAAUUUAUGAUGAUCAUGGAUCAAGGAAAGCUGUUGAUGAUGUAAUUGCAAAAGCUCUGGGUGACUUAUUGUUCAUGAAGAAUUUUGCCGCAGCACUUGUCCAGGUAAUGGAGAGGCAGUUAAAGUUCCAAUCCCAUGUAGGCUGCUACAGACUUCUCAGGUGGUCAUGCUUCCUCUUAAGCAAGAGUCAGUUUGCCACAGUUUCAAAGAAUGCAUUGUGUAGAGUAGCUGCAGCGCAAGCAUCUUUACUUAAUAUUGUCGUUCAAAGAUCUUUCAGUGCACGAAGGGCUUGCAAGCGAACAUUUUUUAAUCUAUUUUCUCAGUCUCCGGAAAUUUAUAAAAUAUACAUUGAGGAAUUAAAGGAUGGGCGGAUCCCAUACAAAGAUAGUCCUGAAUUACUAUGGUUAUUACUGGACUUCUCAAGUACGUCACCGUCUUUGUUUGAACAGUACAAGCCAACAUUUCUUGAUAUAUAUGUUAAAACAGUGUUGAGUGCUAGAGAAAAGCCACGACAGGUUCUCAGUGAAGCUUUUUGUUCACUUUUUACACGUAUGUCGCAUGAAGAUUUUCAAAGUAUUGUGGUUCCAUCUUCUGUUAAAAUGCUGAAACGCAACCCUGAGAUUGUGUUGGAGUCAGUUGGAAUUCUUUUGGAAUCAGUCAACCUUGAUUUGAGUAAGUAUGCCACCGAAAUUCUUUCAGUGGUAUUACCACAGGCUCGGCAUGCCGAUGAAGGAAGAAGGGUUGUGGCAUUAGCUAUAGUCAGGUGUUUGAGCCAGAAGUCUAGUAAUCCAGAUGUUUUAGAAGCAAUGUUCAAUGCUGUCAAAGCUGUACUUGGAGGCUCAGAAGGCAGACUUACGUAUCCUUACCAGAGAAUUGGCAUGGUCAGUGCACUCCAGGAAUUAUCUAAUGCUCCUGAGGGAAAAUACCUCAACAGUCUAUCAUGCUCCAUAUGCAUGUUCCUUUUGUCCUAUUACAAGGAUGAUGGAAAUGAAGAGGUGAAGCUUGCAAUUUUGUCUGCUGUAGCGUCUUGGGCAGUGCGAUCUGCUGAUGCUGUUCAACUAGAUUUGGUGUCCUUUUUUGCUUCUGGACUCAAGGAGAAGGAAGCUUUAAGGAGGGGGCAUCUUCGUUGUGUACGAGUCAUAUGCAGAAAUGCUGAUGCUGUUUUACGGGUAUCAUCUUUGUUGGGUCCUCUUGUCCAACUUGUAAAAACUGGUUUUACUAAGGCAGUGCAGCGUUUGGAUGGUGUAUAUGCUUUGCUCUUAGUUGGGAAGAUUGCCGCUCUUGAUAUCAAAGCAGAGGAGACUGUCGCAAAGGAAAAGAUUUGGUCUUUGAUAUCUCAAAAUGAACCCUCACUUGUACCAAUUUCACUGGCCUCAAAGUUAUCAGCUGAGGAUUGCAUGGCAUGUGUUGAUCUUCUUGAAGUGCUCCUAGUGGAACAUCUCCACAGGGUGUUGGAUACCUUUUCAGUCAGACUACUAUUACAGUUAAUGAUCUUUUUCAUAUGUCAUCCAAGUUGGGACACACGGAGAAUGGCUUCUGAUGCUACCAAAAAGAUAAUUGCUGGUGCACCACAGUUAUCUGAAGAUCUUUUACUUGAAUUUACAAAUUUUCUUUCUAUAGUUGGAGAGAAACUUCGGGAUUCAAAUACAAGUGACCCAGAGAAUUCAUUGGAUCCUCAAGUUACCUUCCUUCCAUCUGUUGAGGUUAUGGUAAAGGCAUUCGUUCUGAUAUCAUCAGCAGCUCUAGCUGCUGGCCCAAGUUCGUUUGUGCGAGUUCUAUUCUGCUCACAUCAUCCAUGCAUUGUUGGCACUGGAAAACGAGAUGCAGUUUGGAGGAGACUUCAUAAAUGUUUGCAAAUGCUGGGUUUUGACGUCAUUGACAUUCUUUCUGCUGAUGUGGGGAAUUUGUGCAAGGAAUUAUUGGGACCAAUGGGGUUGAUGAGUGCUAAUCCUCUUGAACGCCAAGCGGCAGUAUCGUCAUUAUCCACAUUGAUGUCUAUAACACCCAGAGAUACCUAUAUAGAAUUUGAAAAGCGUUUGCAAAAUCUUCCAGACCGUUAUUCACAUGAUAUGCUUUCGGAGAAUGAUGUUCAGGUUUUUCAUACCCCUGAAGGAACGCUUUCCAGUGAGCAAGGUAUUUAUGUUGCAGAGUCUGUUGCUGCUAAGAACACAAAGCAAGCAAAGGGUCGUUUUCGGACUUAUGAAGACCAAGAUGACAUGGAUCAUAUCAGUUCUAAUCAUUCAGCAAAGAGAGAACCGGCUAGUAGAGAAGCUGCUGGUGUCGGGAAAAAGGACAUUGGGAAGUCAACAAAGAAAGCUGAUAAGGGAAAGACGGGAAAAGAAGAGGCACGUGAGUUGCUGCUAAGAGAGGAGGCAUCCAUUCGUGAGAAGGUUCGAGAAAUCCAGAAAAAUUUGUCUUUGGUGCUGAGAGCUCUUGGGGAGAUGGCCAUUGCCAAUCCUGUAUUUGCGCACAGUCAAUUACCUUCCCUGGUCAGAUUUGUUGAUCCUUUAUUACGGUCACCAAUAGUAAGUGAAGUGGCCUAUGAAACCAUGGUGAAGCUCGCUAGAUGCACUGCUCUGCCACUCUGUAAUUGGGCCCUUGACAUUGCUACUGCUUUACGCUUAAUUGUGACUGAGGAAGAUCGCGUUUUGUUGGAUCUGAUUCCAUUAGUUGGUGAUGGAGAAGCUAAUGACAGACCAUCCUUGGGGCUUUUUGAGCGAAUAAUAAAUGGCUUGUCAGUGUCUUGUAAAUCUGGACCUCUUCCUGUAGAUUCCUUUACUUUUGUCUUCCCAAUAAUUGAGCGAAUUCUGAUUUCUUCCAAGAAGACAGGACUCCAUGAUGACGUGCUUCGGAUUCUUUAUUUGCACAUGGAUCCCUUAUUACCCCUUCCAAGACUUCGAAUGCUAUCAGUUCUCUAUCAUGUUCUGGGCGUUGUUCCAGCUUAUCAAGCAUCUAUAUGUCCUGCGUUAAAUGAGUUGAGUCUCGGUUUGCAACCCAAUGAAGUGGCACCUGCUCUAUAUGGAGUUUAUGCAAAGGAUGUUCAUGUAAGAAUGGCCUGCUUAAAUGCCGUUAAAUGCAUUCCAGCUGUUGCUAGCCGUUCUCUUCCUGAGAAUGUUGAUGUUGCAACCAGCAUUUGGAUUGCUUUACAUGAUCCAGAAAAGUCAAUUGCAGAAGCGGCAGAGGAUAUAUGGGAUCGCUAUGGGUAUGACUUUGGGACUGACUAUUCGGGACUUGUCAAAGCGCUUUCGCAUUGUAAUUAUAAUGUCCGCUUGGCUGCUGCGGAGGCAUUAGCUGCUGCUUUGGAUGAAAACCCUGAUUCUAUACAGGAGUCUCUUUCCACUCUGUUUUCUUUGUAUAUCCGUGAUGCUGGUUUUGGAGAUGAAAAUAUUGAUGCUGGUUGGCUGGGCCGACAAGGAAUAGCAUUGGCCUUGCAUUCUGCUGCUGAUGUUUUGAGAACCAAAGACCUUCCUGUUGUUAUGACAUUUCUCAUAUCACGAGCAUUGGCUGAUCCUAAUGCAGAUGUUCGGGGUAGAAUGAUUAAUGCUGGUAUUCUGAUUAUUGACAAGCAUGGGAGAGAGAAUGUGUCAUUGUUAUUUCCAAUUUUUGAGAACUACUUAAACAAAACGGCAUCAGAUGAAGAAAAAUAUGAUUUGGUGCGUGAGGGUGUGGUUAUCUUCACUGGAGCUUUGGCCAAACAUUUGGCAAAGGAUGAUCCUAAGGUUCAUGCUGUUGUUGAGAAGUUGUUGGAUGUGUUAAACACUCCAUCAGAAGCUGUUCAACGGGCAGUCUCUGCGUGCCUAUCUCCAUUAAUGCAAUCAAAGCAAGAUAAUGCAACGACUCUAGUUUCUUUGCUGUUGGAUCAAUUGAUGAAGAGCGACAAGUAUGGGGAACGCCGUGGAGCAGCUUUUGGACUUGCUGGGGUGGUUAAGGGAUUUGGAAUUUCUUCCUUGAAGAAGUAUGGUAUUGUGGCUGUACUACAGGAAGGUCUUUUGGACAGGAAUUCCGCAAAAUGUCGUGAAGGAUCUUUACUGGGAUUUGAGUGCCUUUGUGAGACACUUGGAAGAUUGUUUGAACCGUAUGUGAUUCAGAUGUUGCCAUUACUUUUGGUUUCUUUCUCUGAUCAAGUUGUGGCAGUUCGCGAAGCUGCGGAAUGUGCUGCUCGUGCCAUGAUGUCUCAACUUAGUGCUCAGGGGGUGAAGCUUGUCCUUCCAUCUCUUCUAAAGGGUCUUGAAGACAAAGCUUGGAGAACGAAACAAAGUAGUGUACAACUACUUGGUGCUAUGGCAUACUGUGCUCCUCAACAACUAUCUCAGUGCCUCCCUAAGAUUGUGCCCAAACUGACAGAGGUUUUGACAGAUACCCAUCCCAAAGUCCAGUCAGCAGGGCAAAUGGCCCUUCAACAGGUUGGGAGUGUUAUAAAGAAUCCGGAAAUAUCUUCCCUUGUCCCUACUCUUCUAAUGGGUCUUACUGACCCCAAUGACUAUACAAAGUAUUCCCUAGAUAUUCUUCUUCAAACAACUUUUAUUAAUUCAAUUGAUGCUCCUUCACUUGCGCUUUUGGUACCUAUAGUACAUAGAGGGCUAAGGGAGAGAAGUGCUGAGACUAAAAAGAAAGCUGCACAAAUUGUUGGAAAUAUGUGUUCGUUAGUUACAGACCCGAAGGAUAUGAUUCCUUACAUAGGGUUGCUCCUUCCUGAAGUGAAAAAGGUUCUGGUGGAUCCUAUUCCAGAAGUCAGAUCAGUUGCAGCAAGGGCCCUUGGAUCCCUAAUAAGAGGGAUGGGAGAAGAAAAUUUCCCAGAUCUUGUUCCCUGGUUGUUUGAUACACUUAAAUCUGAUAAUAGUAAUGUUGAGCGCUCCGGAGCUGCUCAAGGGUUGAGUGAGGUUUUAGCUGCUCUUGGGACUGUGUACUUUGAGCAUGUACUUCCUGAUAUUAUUCGAAAUUGUUCUCAUCAAAGAGCAUCUGUACGCGAUGGAUAUUUAACACUUUUCAAGUUUUUGCCAAGGUCAUUAGGCGUCCAAUUCCAGAACUACUUGCAACAGGUUCUGCCUGCUAUAUUAGAUGGUCUGGCCGAUGAGAAUGAAUCCGUACGUGAAGGAGCACUAGGUGCUGGGCAUGUCCUGGUUGAGCAUUAUGCAACAACGUCUUUACCUCUUCUCCUGCCAGCCGUGGAAGAUGGUAUUUUCAAUGACAGUUGGCGUAUUCGUCAGAGCUCUGUGGAACUGUUGGGUGAUCUCUUGUUUAAAGUUGCUGGAACAUCUGGAAAAGCUUUGCUUGAGGGCGGUAGCGAUGAUGAAGGUGCUAGUACAGAAGCACAGGGACGUGCUAUCAUUGAGGUUCUAGGAAGGGAUAAGCGUAAUGAAGUCCUUGCUGCAUUAUAUAUGGUUCGAAGUGAUGUCAGCAUAUCUGUGCGUCAGGCUGCUUUACACGUGUGGAAAACUAUUGUGGCAAAUACUCCAAAGACACUUAAAGAAAUUAUGCCAGUUUUAAUGAAUACUCUAAUUACUUCUCUUGCGUCAUCAUCCUCUGAAAGGCGGCAGGUUGCUGGACGAUCACUGGGUGAGCUUGUUAGGAAGCUUGGUGAAAGAGUACUUCCUUUGAUCAUCCCAAUUUUAUCCCAAGGGCUGAAGGACCCUAAUACUAGCAGAAGACAAGGUGUAUGCAUUGGUCUAAGUGAGGUGAUGGCAAGUGCUGGUAAGAGUCAGUUAUUGAGUUUCAUGGAUGGGCUAAUUCUUACUAUUCAGACUGCCCUCUGUGAUAGCACGCCUGAGGUUCGUGAAUCUGCGGGCUUAGCAUUCAGUACUCUUUACAAGAGUGCUGGAAUGCAAGCAAUUGAUGAAAUUGUUCCAACUCUUCUGCAUGCCCUGGAGGAUGAACAAACUUCUGAUACUGCUCUUGAUGGCCUCAAACAAAUCUUAAGUGUCAGGACUACUGCUGUUUUGCCUCAUAUUUUGCCCAAGCUGGUCCAUCUUCCCCUUUCUGCCUUUAAUGCACAUGCUCUCGGAGCUUUGGCAGAAGUUGCUGGACCUGGUCUCAACUUUCACCUUGGCACUGUUCUUCCUGCUUUACUCUCUGCAAUGGAUGGUGAUGACAAGGAUGUUCAAACUUUGGCAAAGGAGGCUGCAGAAACGGUGGUCUUAGUAAUUGAUGAGGAAGGUGUUGAGUCUCUGAUAUCAGAGCUUCUUAAAGGUGUUGGUGAUAGUCAGGCUUCAAUCAGAAGAAGUUCUUCCUAUUUGAUAGGAUAUUUCUUCAAAAACAGCAAACUGUAUUUGGUUGAUGAAGCUCCAAACAUGAUAUCUACCUUGAUUAUCUUGCUUAGUGAUUCAGAUUCAGCGACUGUUCUGGUUGCUUGGGAAGCUUUAUCGAGGGUUGUCAGUUCAGUUCCAAAGGAGGUACUUCCUUCAUAUGUAAAACUAGUUCGUGAUGCUGUAUCUACAUCUAGAGAUAAAGAGCGUAGGAAAAAGAAGGGAGGACCAAUUCUCAUACCUGGAUUCUGUCUGCCGAAAGCACUUCAGCCAUUACUUCCAAUCUUUCUCCAAGGUCUCAUUAGUGGGUCUGCUGAAUUAAGAGAGCAGGCAGCAUUGGGUCUUGGGGAGCUGAUUGAAGUGACUAGUGUACAAGCACUGAAGGAGUUUGUCAUUCCCAUAACAGGUCCUCUUAUCCGGAUCAUAGGUGAUCGGUUCCCCUGGCAGGUGAAGAGUGCCAUUUUGUCUACUUUAAGCAUCAUAAUAAGAAAGGGUGGAAUGGCCUUGAAACCUUUUCUUCCUCAGCUUCAGACGACAUUUGUUAAGUGUCUACAGGAUAGUACAAGGACUGUUCGUUCAAGUGCUGCCCUUGCACUUGGAAAGCUGAGUGCACUAAGUACCAGAGUUGACCCUUUAGUUGGGGAUCUCCUGUCCAGUUUGCAGGCAUCAGAUGGUGGUGUUCGGGAAGCCAUUCUUACUGCUUUAAAGGGUGUCCUAAAGCAUGCUGGAAAGAAUGUAAACAGUGCUGUUAAAACUCGUGUCUUCAUUCUCCUAAAGGAUAUGAUUCAUCAUGAUGAUGACCAAGUUCGGAUAUCUACCGCAAGCAUAUUGGGAAUAAUAUCGCAGUACAUGGAAGAUGCUCAACUGACUGACCUGCUUCAGGAACUUUCUAGUUUGGCUUCAUCUCCCAGUUGGUCUGCAAGGCAUGGUUCGGUCCUCACAAUCUCAUCCUUGCUCAGACACAACCCCAUCACAAUCAGUCUGUCUCCAUUGUUUCGGUUUAUAGUAGAACACCUGAAGGGAACAUUGAAAGAUGAGAAGUUCCGGCUUCGUGAAUCUUCAACUAAGGCAUUAGGAAGGCUUCUACUUCAUCAAAUUCAAAGCGAUCCAUCUAACACCACUGCACAUCUGGAUAUUCUUUCAUCCCUAGUGUCAGCUUUGCAUGAUGACUCCAGUGAAGUAAGAAGAAGGGCAUUAUCUGGUCUAAAAGCAGUUGCAAAAUCAAAUCCAUUGGCCAUUAUGGCCCAUGUUACUGUUAUAGGACCCUCACUUGCUGAGUGUUUGAAGGAUGCAAGUACUCCAGUGAGACUUGCUGCAGAAAGAUGUGCUCUGCACAUUUUCCAAUUAACAAAGGGUACGGAAAAUGUUCAAGCUGCACAGAAAUUUAUCACGGGCUUGGACGCUAGACGUCUAUCGAAGUAUCCUGAACAGAGUGAUGAAAGCGGAGACAGUGAAGAUGACUUGACAAGUGGCUGAUAAUGAAUUCCUUGCUGUACAUGUCUAUAUUUUGUUUCUUCAAGAGCAGACGUGAACUGAUUUAAGAAGAGUCAGUGGCCUAAGUUUUACAUGGCACCUUUAUUGUUAUAGAGAGACACAGAUACACAGAGAUAGAUAUAUAGUGGCUGGAUACCCAAUUUUUGCUGACCUGGGUGUUAUGAUGUUUUACUUGUUAAUCAGAUUUUGUAUGAGCAUCACAUGUACAAAUGACGGCACACACUGAGUCUGAUUUAUGUUUGGCUUUUAAAUCUUUGAUGGUCGUAAUGAGUUUGUAGUUCAAAGCGUUGUCUUCGAUCUUGUAAUUAUAUCAAGCUUCAGAAUGUAUAUUUUUUGAUAUUUUUAAGCUGGAGUAUGGAAUAUGGAAUAUUUUACUGUGCUUUUAUCAAUUUGGUUUUUAUUAA